AUGGAGCCUACCCAAUUCUUUCUUGACGCACUUGCCGAAGUGCCUUAUGAUGAAGAUUCAUCCAAGGCUCUUUUGGGCCUCGACGAAUGGAAAAUUCCUGAGUCAAUUUACUACGAAGAUGGUUCCUGCAUGUCCCUCUGCGAACUUGCUCGUUUCAAUGGAUAUGAGUUCGAAGGCGAGAACGAUUUUGACCACGCCUUUGCUGAAUUCGGUGUGAACCCUGUCGUUGGCCCAGCGACUCUUGAUCACCUGGAGCUUGGCCCUGAAUUGUCUACUCCCAUUGUGACUGAUGAUGUGGCCACGCUGAGAACUUGCGCUAAGCAAUCAAGUACUGUUUAUCCGCUCGAUACGCUCAACUCUCUUGAAAACGCCGAACUGGGUCCUCCUCUUGCAGUCGUUCAAGUUACUCCCGCCACAGCUGCUCCAGUCCCCCAACAUGCUUCGACCAGCAUUGGUACAUCUGUUAAAGUUGCUCCUGUCACUCAGGCUUCUACUACAGUCACCCAACGCGCUCCGGUCACCAUUGAUCCACCCAUUCAAACCACUAUCUCUACUGGUGUUCCAGUUACCCGCGUUACUACAGUCACUCAAUUCGCUCCGAUCACUAUUGAGCCAGCUACCCAAGUCGCUUCUCCCAUCUCCAGCUCAGCAACUGGUCUGGGCAAGGUUAUUACCUUGUCAGAAGGCAAAUCGCGCUCUCAACCUGCUAAGCGACAGCCCAAGCAGAGAGCCAAGCAAGCCCCCAAGAACAAGGAAGAUGACGAGCUACACAAUACACAGAAGAAGACAAAGGCGCAAAGCACCCCACGCAAGGCGAAAGGCAAGACGACUGUAGCCCCAAAGGAGCAAAGCACCCCACCUAAGGCGAAGGGCAAGACGACUGUAUCCCCAAAGGCGCAAAGCACCCCACGCAAGGCGAAGGGCAAGACGACUGUAGCCCCAGCCACACCUCUUCAGAAAAUUGCGCCUGCCCCAAUCACACCAAUGUCUGCACCACUGGCUCGUUUCCCAGCCCCGGUGACUCCAGUGACCGGAGUGACUCGCACGCCAGUGGCCAAUCCCAGCCAACAACAACAGCUUCAAUCCCGAGAGCAGUGUCUUCGUAUGGAAUGGGAGCGACUUCAGCAACACAACGCUCAACUCAAGCAGCAGAAGGACUACCUCGAACAGCAACAGCCUAAUGAUCAACAGCGGCUACAGGUCCACGAACGGCAGUGGAAGAUCCACCAACAGCAGUUUGCACAGUGCUAUCAAAAUAUUAUGCAGUACAGACAGCAAGUCCGGUAUCAGCAACAGCAACAACACCAGCAAUUCCAAACUGCAGUGGCUCAACAAGUCCAGCAACCCACCCCAAACAUGCAAGCAGUUUAUCCCACCACUUUCAAGGGGAACAUGCAACCCAUGAUGCAACAAAGCCAUCAACUCCAAGCUCCAGCGACUCAGCAGGUCCAGCAAGUUCAAAAAGUUCAGCAUCCCACCCAACACAACCAAAAAUGCUAUCCAACCCCUCCUAAGGAGCGCGCGCAAUCUAUGAUGCAGCAACUCCCGGUGGCCCAGCAAGCUCGGCAGCUCACCCAGCCCAUGCAGUGCAUGCAGCCUGUGAUGCAGCAACCCCAGCGAUUCCAAGCUCCAGCGGCCCAUCAAGUUCAGCAGCCCACCCCAAACAUGCAAGCAGUCUAUCCUACCACUCCCAAGGCGCGCAUGCAGCCUGUGAUGCAGCAAUCCCAGCAAUUCCAAGCUUCAGCAGCUCAACAUGUUCAGCCGCCUGUCCAACCGGAAAUUUAUCCAUCCCCUCCUGAGUCUAUGCAGUCUAUUUCUUCACUUUCUGCCCCUUCUCCCGGCAAGAGAACCUUUGAGUUCAUGGAGAACAUUAUGCCCAAAAACUUUGUGGCUAAUCCUAAUAAUCAUGCCCGAUGGAGUUUUACCCCCAAUGGCGACCGAACAUACUUGAACGGAUCCCAGGCAAAGAAGGCACGAGUCUCUAAGAAGUAG